CACUCCACUCCUCACACGACACCUCACACGACAUCACACACCACCUCCAUUGACUCGACAGACCGCAUUGGAUACUGUCGGUGCCUUUCUACCUUCCCGUCCAACCUCACCGCCGAAUCCUCGACUCCCCAUCUCAUUCCUCGAAUCGCUACGCAUCAUGUCUGGCCUGCAAGAAGGAAAAGUCAAGAGCGUGCUCUCUGGCGACACGAUUGUAGUGCGGAACAACAGAGGCCAAGAGAAAACCAUCAGCCUCGCCUUCAUCAAUGCACCACGCCUGCAAUCCGACGAGAAAUGCAGCUUCGAAUCACGCGACUUUCUUCGAAAGCUCCUUGUGGGCAAAGUGAUUCGCUUCUCGGUGCUCUACUCCAUCCCACAAAAGACAGGCGGCGCAUCUCGCGAGUACGCUGUCGUCAACCUGCAAACGGGAGAGCAAUUGCCUGAUCUCGUCGUGCGAGAAGGUUGGGCAUCGGUACGUGACGAUGCGGAUCGCAAGGCCGAAUCACCUGGAGCUGCCGAACUGCUGCAAAAGUUGGAAGCGUCUCAGAUGCAUGCGAAAUCGGAAGACAAGGGCAUUUGGAACACAUCGAAGCCAAAGGUGGAGAAUGCUCGUGAUCUGCCUGAUGCGAAGCAAUUUGCAGAGGACCACAAAGGCCAAGCCAUUGACAGUAUCGUGGAGAGAGUGCUCAGUGGAGACCGUCUGAUCUGCAGACUCUUGCUCUCGCCAACGCAGCACGUCCAGACUACGAUCCUGAUUGCUGGCCUGCGUUCACCUACGACUGCUCGAACGAACCCUUCAAAUGGCCAAACACAGCCUGCUGAGCCAUAUGGUAACGAAGCGCAGCAAUUUGUGGAGAACAGACUGCUGCAGCGGGAGGUAAAAGUGCGGGUGCUUGGUGUGUCACCAAAUAACUUGCUUGUUGGAGAAGUGCUGCACGCAGUUGGAAAUAUCGGCGAAUUCUUACUCAAGGCCGGCCUUGCGCGAUGCGUCGAUCACCACUCUACAUGGCUUGGCGCAGAAAUGGGCAAGCUACGACAAGCAGAGCGUGCAGCGAAAGAGCAACAGCUUGGUCUGUUCCAGGGUGCUACGACAACGAAGAAGGCUGGCAGUGAGCAGGAGGCUGUUGUGAGCAGAGUCUUCUCGGCAGACACACUCUUCAUCCGCAACAAGGCUGGGCAAGAAAAGCGCAUCAACCUGAGUUCUGUGCGCCAGCCAAAGCCUUCAGACCCAAAGCAGUCGCCAUUCCAAGCAGAGGCCAAGGAGUUCCUCCGCAAGAAGCUCAUUGGCAAGCACGUCAAGGUCGUCAUUGAUGGCAAGAGACCCGCUACAGACGGAUACGAUGAGCGUGAGAUGGCCACUGUCACACAAGGCGGCAAAAACGUCGCUCUCCUGCUCGCUGAGAACGGAUAUGCUUCAGUCAUCCGCCACCGAAUGGACGAUGCUGACCGCAGCCCUAUUUACGAUGAGCUACUUGCUGCAGAAGAAGCUGCUCAAGCUGAGCAGAAGGGAAUGUGGGCACCAAAGCCACAAAAGCAGAUCAACUACGUUGACUACAGUGAAUCUCUUGAGAAGGCCAAGCGUCAGUUGACGAUGUUGUCGAACAAGAAGAAGGUGCCAUGCAUUGUCGACUUUGUCAAGUCCGGCAGCAGAUUUACCGUUCUGGUGCCGCGCGAGAAUGCUAAGCUCACGUUCGUGCUGGGCGGUAUUCGUGCACCUCGUAGCGCUCGUGGACCCCAAGACACCGCCGAGCCAUUCGGUCAGGAAGCGCAUGACUUUGCUGUGAAGCGAUGCAUGCAGCGUGAUGCUGAGAUCGAUGUGCACGACACUGACAAGCAAGGAGGCUUCAUUGGCGACCUUUACAUCAACCGUGAGAACUUCGCAAAGGUGCUCGUCGAGGAGGGUCUCGCAUCAGUGCACGCUUACAGCGCAGAGAAGUCCGGCAACGCGAACGAACUAUUUGGCGCCGAACAGAAAGCGAAAGAAGCACGUCGUGGACUUUGGCAAGACUGGGACCCUUCGCAAGAGGCUGCUGAGAACGGCGACGAUUACGUACAGGCCAACGGUGGAGCAAACGGCGCAUCAAACGGUGAUGCACCUGCUCCUAAGCGCAACACCGAAUACAAGGAUGUCACUGUCACCUACGUCGAUCCUGAGAGCGCGCGGCUGAAGGUCCAACUGCUCGGAUCUGGGCAAGCAAAUCUGCAAUCGCUUAUGAAGGAGUUCGCGUCUUUCCAUAUCUCUCCUGGCAACAGCCAACCACUCAAGGAUGCUCCAAAGGCAGGUGACAUCGUCUCCGCCAAGUUCAGCGCCGACGGUGUAUGGUACCGUGCCCGCAUUCGACGCAACGACCGCGAGAAGAAGACUGCGGAGGUUGUCUACAUCGACUACGGCAACAGCGAGACUCAGCCCUGGUCUGCGCUCCGACCUCUUGACCAGGCCAAGUUCGGCCCACAGCGUCUAAAAGGCCAAGCCGUUGAUGCCGCUCUUUCCUUUGUGCAAUUCAACAACGCGCCAGAGUACCUUAAGGAAGCCGUGAACAUGCUCGACGAGAUCACCGUGGGUCGCGAGUUAGUCGCCAACAUCGACUUCAACGAUACCAAGGAUAACUUGCUCUGGGUCACGCUCAUGGACACGAAGGCGCCAAACCCGCUCGAGACGAUCAACGCUGAAGUCGUGACCGAGGGUUUGGCCAUGGUGCCCAAGAAGCUUCGCCCAUUCGAGCGCGCUGCUCCUGAAGUCCUGGCUGACCUGAAGAAGCGUGAGCAGGAGGCUAAGGAUGAGCGUAGGGGUAUGUGGGAGUAUGGUGAUCUUACUGAGGACUAGAGGAACUGUAUCGUUGCCACUUGAUCAGUGAAUGCAUUUUUGGGUAAGCCUGGGUUGAGGCUACGACUUGCAUUGCAUUUGUAGAUAUGCAAAAGUUGAAAUGAAAGGCAUCUGCAUAUGCCAGAGCUUACAGGGCUUUUGGAGCCUCCAAGCAGACAAC